CAAGAAGCGUUGAUACUGCAGCAACCAUUUGAUGAUACAGGGAAGACUUUGAAAAUAUGCAUUUGAGCUACUUCUAACAUUCUAUUUUCAAGCACUAAUGAAGCUAUUUGGCUCAUAGAAGAAUUUCCUCAAAGGUUUCUCCUUAGUUUUCCUUUUUGAGAUGCCUCACGUACAGAUGAAGGACCCCCAAGAGAGACAUUUGGUUUCAAGGAAACCUCUUCAGAACUCCAUGAAUCAGCAGAAGCCGGCUUCCCAGUCGUUAGAGAACUGUAUUGUUUGCUUUCAAAAUCCACAGAAGAGUUUUGGUAGGAGAAGAGUUAGAGGAAGAGGAAAAGGUGUGCAAGUUCAGGGGGUAAAGCAAGCUGAGCUUGAUCUUGAUAUGGGAUCCCAAGUUUUGGCCAAAGGUGAGAUGUUCCAACGCCGACCUGGCUUUGGUCAAUUGGGUACUAAAUGCAUUGUUAAAGCAAACCAUUUCCUUGCGGAGUUGCCAGACAAGGACCUAAAUCAGUACGAUGUGACAAUAACUCCUGAGGUGGUUUCCCGUCGCAUGAACAGAGCAAUUAUGUCUCAGUUAGUGAAGCUUCACAGAGAGACUGAAUUGGGUAUGAGGCUGCCUGCUUAUGAUGGGAGGAAGAAUCUUUAUACAGCUGGGUCGCUCCCUUUUACCUCAAAAGAGUUCAAAAUAAAAGUAGUUAGUGAAGAUGAGGGUCUGGGCAUUACCAGGGAUCAAGAAUUUAAAGUGGCAAUCAAAUUUGCAGCUCGAGCAGAUAUGCACCAGUUACGCCAAUUUCUUGCUGGAAAGCAAGUUGAUGCUCCUCAAGAAACUCUACAGAUUCUUGACAUUGUCUUGAGGGAAUUGUCUAGCCAAAGGUACAUAUCAAUAGGGAGAUCAUUUUAUUCCCCUGAUAUUAGAAAACCACAGCAGCUGGGUGGUGGGUUAGAAUCUUGGUGUGGUUUCUACCAGAGUAUAAGACCAACGCAGAUGGGAUUGUCCCUUAAUAUUGACAUGUCCACAACUGCGUUCAUUGAACCACUCCCAGUGAUAGAUUUUGUAGGUCAAGUUUUGGGCAAAGAUGUUUUGUCAAGACCAUUAUCUGAUUCUGAUCGCAUUAAGGUUAAGAAAGCCCUCAGAGGAGUCAAAGUUGAGAUUACUCACCGAGGAAAUGUACGACGAAAAUACCGGAUUUCAGGAUUAACAUCACAGCCUACAAGAGAACUAAUUUUCCCAGUGGAUGAACAAAAGAACAUGAAAUCAGUCGUCGAAUACUUUCAGGAGAUGUAUGGAUUUACCAUUCAGCAUUCCCAUCUUCCUUGCCUUCAAGUAGGAAACCAGAAAAAAGCAAAUUAUUUGCCAAUGGAGGCUUGCAAAAUUGUUGAGGGACAAAGAUGCACAAAGAGCUUGAAUGAAAAGCAGAUAACGUCCUUGCUAAAAGUUACCUGCCAGAGACCACGGGAGAAAGAAAUGGACAUUUUGCAGACAUUUCAUCAAAAUGAGUAUGAUCAAGAUCCUUACGCAAAGGAAUUUGGUAUAUCUAUCACUGACAAGCUUACAUCUGUUGAAGCUCGGGUCCUCCCUGCACCAUGGCUGAAAUAUCAUGAUACUGGGAAAGAAAAAGAUUGUUUGCCUCAGGUUGGUCAGUGGAAUAUGAUGAAUAAGAAAAUGAUAAAUGGGAGUACCGUAAAUUACUGGGCUUGUAUCAACUUCUCAAGAAGCGUUCAAGAAAGCACUGUUCGUACUUUUUGUCAGGAACUUGCUCAGAUGUGUCAAGUCUCUGGCAUGGAAUUCAAUCAUGAAUCUGUUAUUCCAAUACACUCAGCAAGGCCAGAUCAAGUGGAGAAAGCACUCAAAUAUGUAUAUAGCACAUCACUGAACAAACUCAAGGGGAAAGAGUUGGAGCUACUUAUUGCUAUUCUCCCAGACAACAAUGGUUCUCUGUAUGGUGAUUUAAAGAGAAUUUGUGAAACGGAUUUGGGGUUGAUAUCCCAGUGCUGUCUAACAAAACAUGUUUUCAAGAUUAGCAAACAGUACCUGGCAAAUGUGUCACUUAAAAUUAAUGUCAAGAUGGGGGGAAGAAAUACGGUACUUUUAGAUGCUUUGAGUUGGAGAAUUCCUUUGGUUAGUGACAUUCCCACAAUAAUAUUUGGAGCUGAUGUAACUCAUCCGGAGACUGGGGAGGACUCUAGUCCAUCUAUUGCUGCUGUUGUAGCUUCCCAAGAUUGGCCUGAAGUUACAAAAUAUGCUGGGUUGGUGUGUGCUCAGGCUCACAGGCAAGAGCUUAUUCAGGACUUGUUCAAAACCUGGCAUGAUCCUCAUCGGGGUACAGUUAGUGGGGGCAUGAUCAGGGAGCUUUUAAUUUCCUUUAGGAAGGCAACUGGACAGAAGCCAUUGAGAAUAAUAUUUUACAGAGAUGGUGUCAGUGAAGGGCAAUUUUAUCAGGUUCUGCUGUAUGAAUUAGAUGCUAUCAGAAAGGCUUGUGCAUCCUUGGAGCCAAAUUACCAGCCUCGGGUAACCUUUGUGGUGGUCCAAAAACGUCAUCAUACGAGAUUGUUUGCCAACAACCACAAGGAUAAAAGUAGCAUUGAUAAGAGUGGAAACAUCCUACCUGGCACUGUGGUGGACACCAAGAUCUGUCAUCCUACUGAAUUCGACUUCUACCUCUGCAGUCAUGCUGGAAUCCAGGGAACAAGUCGACCAGCUCAUUAUCAUGUCCUCUGGGAUGAAAACAAUUUCACUGCAGAUGAAAUUCAAUCACUUACCAACAAUCUAUGUUAUACGUAUGCUCGAUGCACGCGAUCUGUUUCAGUGGUUCCUCCUGCUUACUAUGCUCAUCUGGCUGCAUUUCGAGCUCGAUUUUACAUGGAACCAGGGGUGCCUGAGAACCCUGCAACACGAAGCAAGAACUCAUCAAAUGGUUCUCGUGUCCGACCUCUACCUGCACUGAAAGAAAGGGUGAAAAAGGUAAUGUUCUACUGUUAGGAGAUAAAAAGGGUUAAAGAAUCAUUGUACAUGGAUAUGGUGUUUAUAUUGUAGAGAGGUUUUUUCAGUUGUGCUCCAGAAUUAAAUGUCAAAUACUAAUGUUCUAGCAAUAUUUUGGAGAAAUAUCAGUUUUUUUCUUUGGUGGCUCUAUUU